CUGAAUAUGAAUCAAACUCCAAAGGAUUCGCCUCAAGCCAUUGCUUACAAGAAAGGCGAUAUUGUUUGGGUUCUUUAUCGAGGGAAAGAAUUUUAUCCUGCUCGGGUUAAUGCUUAUUAUCCAAAGGAGAGGAAGAUUUCUCAUAUUUGGUUUCCACUUAACCGUAAAUCUAUUAGCGCGAUUUUCAAAGCUGAUUUGAGCAGAGUUCGCCCCUUUAAGCUCGAAGAUUCUUUGCCGGACAAUGCUUCUCAAGAAUUGGAAUAUUCGUAUGAUCAAGCAGUGAGGAUUUUACAAGGAACUAGCAUUGAAGAAAUUUUGGAAGAAAAUGAUCGAAUGAUGGAGGAGAUGGGUAUUCCUGUUCAGGUCAAUUUUGGCAAUUGUGAAGAAUCCGAGCUCACACUUGAAUCCCGACUACACACAGUCAAUCAAUCAAUUGAUUGGGCAAAAUUUCAGAAUCUCGAUAAUCUUAUUUUAGCUUAUUCGAAUGAGCUUUUAAGGCUGUUGUCCGGAUUCCUUGCCAUUACCAAUUUCAUUUUUGAAGAAUUCUUUUGCGGACAAGUUCUGCAAACAUUUAUUUUAGCCUCUAAAAUUUUGUUUCUUAACAAUAUUUAG